UUUAAAAAUUAAUUUUACUACAAUUAUUUGCAAAUUUUGCUGCUUUUUGUUUUUGUUUUUUUACUUGAAUUUCAAGGGGAGCCAGUGUGUUCUCACUAAAGUGGGGAAGGGGUCAGCUGUGUUCUCACUGCGUUCUAUGCUGACAGAAACAGGCUGCAGACCAAACUGGACUCAUUUACAGGUCAAUGUUGGGUCGAGGUGUGAAGCGGAAGUGGAGCAGCCUGGAGGCCGAGCAGCUCCCCGAUGCCGCAGCGUUGGAGGACAAGAGGCUGGACACAGCGUUGGAGGACUCAGAGGAGGACAGAGGGGACCGACGGUCCAGGACCGACGCUGGCCACCUGCAGCAGCGGCAGCUGGUGCUCAGCCUCUGCCUGGAGAAGCUGCAGCACUACCAGGCCGGCGUGGAGCUCAGCUUGCGGCGCUCCGUGCUCCUCAUCAACACGCUCAGGCAGAUCCAGGAGGAGAUGCGGAGCGACGGGACGGACGUGCGACUCGGCGGCAUGAGCCCCGACGCGCGGCUCCUCAGGGACGACUUUAGGGAGGACGAGUUGGUCACGUGCCCCGGUUGCACGGAGGGAGACGCGGAAGGCCUGUCUCCCCCGCCGUCCCCUGAACCGACAAACACCGCCCCCACGGACCUACAGAAACCUCCGCCCAACACAAUCGGUCACACCUUUAGCGAUGCGGGAAGCGCCAUGGGCUACCUAAGUGACCUCGCCCUAGAUGAUAUCUUCGAGGACAUUGACACGUCCAUGUAUGAGACUUCGGAACUGCCGUCUGCCUGGGCGGCCGGCUCCCUGUGGCCGGUCAGCAUGUCCUUCUGGCCCGACGACGACGUGAAGCCACGUUCCUCGGCGGGAAGCCUCCAGUCGUGUCUGCUGGACCUGAACGAACUGGACCACAUCAUGGAGAUUCUGGUGAAGUCCUGAUCUCCAUGACAACGUCACGUGCAGCCAGUCGAUCUGAGGUGUGAAGGUUCUGGAUUCUGGAUGUUUCACACUCUGAACAUGUGCAGACAUGAAGCUGAAUGACGCUCAUCCCUCGUUAACGAGGAACCAGAUAUGCACUUAUUGCUCGUGCCUCAAAGUAGACAAAAAAUAUUUAUUACAACUUUUAGUAUAAUUUGCAUAUGAAUUAUAGAUGUACUGAUCCACUUUUUUCACAACCAAUACCAAUAUUGAUACCGAUACCGAUAUCUAAGGUUUAGAUCCAAUCCGAUGCAGAAAAACAGCUGAAUUGACUUAAAAUGUUUUUUUUAAACACAGACAUAAAUGUGCUGAAUUACAAAUUUAUUU